AUGGCGCUUAGUGCGCAAGAGAUCUCGCAGCUGCGAAGUGCUCUCCAAGAUGCUGCGGUAAAGUGCUCCGAGAGAUGUCUUUACCAAUCGGCGAAAUGGGCUGCCGAACUGCUCAACGCGCUCCCCGAAACCGACACAGUCGAUGAUGCCACCCCUGCGGACGGUUCUAAUUACACCUCGCCAAUACUCACGCCAAACGCGGACCCCGAGGAAGCUGCCCUCGAGACCAAGGAACUCAGCAAGUAUCUACUGGCCAAGUCUCUCUUCGACUGCAAGGAGUUCGACCGAUGCGCUGCGGUUUUCCUCCCAGAAUCUUUGCUGUCGUCCGUUCUGUCGUCGCCAUCUGAAACUACCGUGUCGACACCGUCGCAGCGAUCAAAGGGCAAGGCGAAAGCUGUGGAGGCAAGUCCGGCGUCGGGUGCAGCCCCGCUACCGAGACUCAGCCAGAAGAGCCUGUUUCUUGCGCUGUAUGCCAAGUUUAUGUCUGGGGAGAAGCGCAAGAAUGAGGAGUCUGAGAUGGUCAUGGGCCCCCAGGACCUGGGGACAGUGGUGAAUAAGCAGCUUCUGGUGGUGGGGAGGUAUUUGGCGGCUUGGUUCAAGGAGAGGACGACGACGGACGAUGAAGUGUUGGGUAGUCAGGGGUGGUUGGAAUAUCUGUAUGGCAUGGUUCUUGCAAAGGAGAAGAAUGACGCUCAGGCCAUGGAUUAUUUUGUCCGGAGCGUUCACAAAUAUCCCAUGAACUGGGGUUGCUGGCUGGAAAUGACGUCUAUCAUAUCAAGGGUUGAAGAAUUAAAUCAAAUAGCACGGCACUGCCCUCAAAACAUCGUAUCAUUCAUGUUUCAUCUCCACACGUCCCUCGAACUAUAUCAACAGACACCCAAUCUCGCCAACUCCCUCGCGCAGCUACUAUCAAUAUUCCCGACGUCCUCGUUCCUCCUCACCUGCAAUGCCCUGCUAGCAUACCACGCCAAAGACCUCAUGGCAGCCGAACACCACUUCAGCCGGCUGCUCUCGCUGCAUCCCCACAGACUCGACUCCCUAGACCACUACUCCAACAUCCUCUACGUCCUCAACAUGCGCCCAAAGCUGGCCUUUGUAGCACACCUCUGCUCGAGCGUCGACAAGUUCCGCCCGGAAUCGUGUGUCGUAAUCGGCAACUAUUACUCCCUCCUAUCCAUGCAUGAAAAGGCAGUCCAGUACUUUAGACGAGCGCUAACCCUCGAUCGCUCGUGCCUAUCAGCCUGGACGCUCAUGGGCCACGAAUACGUGGAGCUGAAAAACACCCACGCGGCCAUUGAGUCGUAUCGCCGCGCAGUCGACGUCAACCGCCGCGACUACCGGGCAUGGUACGGCCUCGGCCAGACGUACGAAAUGCUCGAGAUGCACACCUACUCCCUCUGGUACUACAAAAAGGCGGCCGGGCUGCGCCCCUGGGACGGCAAGAUGUGGAUGGCGGUCGGCUCGUGCCUCCAAAAGAUGGGCCGCGAGCGCGACGGCAUCAAGGCGCUCAAACGAGCACUCCUCGCAGACGCCUACUACGAUGUGGGUAGUAGCUUCGGCAGUGGCGGCGAUCUCCUCGGUGCUCGCGGCGCGACGGGACACAUGGACCCAGAGAUCCUGCUCCAGAUCGCCGCCAUGUACGACCAGCUCGGCGAGGAGGAGGAGGCCAAGGCCUACAUGGAGCUCUGCGUGGCCCAGGAAGAAGGCGGAGCUGCUGACGCUAAUAAUCUCGGCGAAUCCUCAGUCAUGAUCCAUACCGACUCGCCCGCGUCGGAGGACUACGCCGAUAGGGAGGACGGGUCUGCGGGCGCGGAUGGUGGAGGAGAGGGAACGGGCGUGACGGCUGCUACGAGCAAAGCACGCAUGUGGCUCGCUAGAUUCGCCAUGCGCACGUCUGACUAUACCACUGCCAAUAGGCUUGCCACGGAACUAUGUCAGGACGGCGUCGAGGUGGAGGAGGCAAAGGCGCUGGUGAGGGAGAUUAGGUCCCGGAUGGAGGCUUCGGGCAUGUUUGGCUCGGAUAGUUAG